CAUAUGUAGUCAUCUGAUCAUACUUUCGACAAAACACCAUAUCUUCUGGACUAAACAGGUUAUCAGCUUUACAUGAGGUCAUAUAAAGGGGACGUAACACUACCGUAAAGGGAUAGCAUGGACACGGGCAGCGGUUAUUCGAUAAUCGUUGAAACCAUCCACAAGCCCGAGUAUGGAUGUACCGGCAAGUACAUCUUCAGUCAGUGCUCCCUCGGGCCAUCUAUUGCAAGCUAUCGCUUGCAUAUCAAGGGCAACACGACCUAUUACAAAAGAGACAAGACUCUCCAAGAAGCCGUGUACAACCCAUCCCCUAAUGUCCACUACUCCCCUUAUUACGAGAAUUGCCCCGCACUAGUCUAUAUGCCUGUCCACCAGGGAAUUCUACCCCAAGUAGGAUUUCACGAUCAGCGGUUUAAACCGUUUAGAAGGGUUGGCCAAGACCUUUUCGACACGUAUUUCGGCGCGGUACGGGAUCUCUCCAAGUGGCAUAUGGGCGAGGACGACGGCGGCUCUGGAAAAAGGAGUCACCUUGCACCAGCGUACGGCGAACACCAAGCUCCCAAUCACCAUCGGCCGAACCCCUGCAAUGUUCGGUUCCAGUCGCCCACGAUGGAUAUACUGGAGAUGUACCGUGAACUGGCCCUCCGGGUCCCGGUCAUCACAGCGACCAACGGGAACGAAACCCGUCGGGUCUCCUAUUAUGGAGAGACUGUCCAGAAUAUCCAAGAGAUCAGGCACAUGGCCCUCUUCACUCUCGCUGCAGUCGUCGGUUUCUUUGGGCCGUUGUGUAUUCUGGUCAUCGAGUGGCGCUUCCACAAGCUCGGAAGAGAUUUCACCAUGAGCCCGCUUGAGCUCGCAAAUGCAUUUUUGCAUCACACCCGAAGCACCGACGGUUACGAACUCACUGAGCGGAGCCUAUUGACUGUCAUGGCUAAAUGCAACAGCCAUCCUUCCCAGCUCGUCAAAUUUGCCCGUGAAUAGGACCAAGGGAGAAGCGGAAAGCCCCUUCGAUUUGGUGAGCUCACAGCUAC